ACACCGACAAGCUCAGCUCCAUCAUGCGCCAGGACUCGCUGGAGCCCGUCGUGCGGGACCCGUGCUACCUCUUCAACCAAGGCAUCUGCAACAGGAACAUCGACCAGACCCUCCUCUCCAUCCUUCUACUCUUCCACAGCCUGAACUUUCUCCUCCUGGGGAAUGAGCCAAGAUACCCAAGAAGCGAUAGCAGACAAAGGAGGGAAUGGUGGGUGUCAGAGGAACACCCCGAUAACAGGCCUGAUAAGGACACCCUUGCUGCUGGUACCGAGGAACCUGAGCAGGUUUGUGCCCCUUGUUUUAGCUGAUGUGCUCCUACACUGGUGAAGGAGGAGGGGGUGGUCGCGUAGAUGCACUCGCUCGUGCAUGGCCGAUGUCUAGCAAAGCAUGGGAGGAGCAAGCAGCUGCACCUGGAGUCUGGGUCUGGCUCUGAGGCUGCUGGACACAGUUCAGCCCAUGCUGGACCAAGCCUUGGGCUCUGCAAGUCAGGCUCAGAUGAGUGCUGGCAGUCUUGGACAACCUACACUCAGCAUUUCCAGCCUGUCUCUGUGGAUUUCCUCCUGUCUGGGUGGCCUCUGCUGGGCUUUCCAUCAUCUUUGCUCCCUGCAGGGAUGCCAUGAGAGAUACUGUGACAGAUGUAUAAGGUAGGGUUGCUCUAGACCGAUCGCCUACGGGGCUGAUGCUCCUGCAGGAAACCCCCCUGCUCAGGGAGUCCAUGGGAUCCUGUUCAAAAAAAGGCUUCUCCCUUCUGUCCCUUCACGUAGGGCAUCAUGAACUGCAUUCCAAGGAGACCUGGGCAGUGCCAAGGGGCCAAACUCACAUGGAAAUACCCCAUAGAUGGAGGCCAGCUACCCCUGUGCUAGCUGCUGACACAUCUCCUCCCCAAAGAUGCUGGUGCUCUGGGCAGAAAGGUCUCCACCAUCCCUCCCCAAUGCCAAUGUUACCCCAGGGUUGCUCAUCCAAGACCCAGGCAUGUGCCGACCAAGGGUGGGCUGAGGAGAGCAGCCCCAUCACCACGUGGCACCUUUCCCAGUGCUGGGGAGGACUGAGGAAAGCUGGUGACAUGGGAGGGGGUUGGUGCUGCGGAGGGAGAGCAGUGCUGUCAUGGGUGCAUACUGGCAUGUGAUUCAAGCAAGGCCGCACCUGCCUCUGGGGUGGGGAGAGGAGAUACGUGCCAACCUGCUCGCCCACAUCGACCAGCCCGUGCCAGCUCUCCUUGCCCAGCCUAUCCAUGAUAAGAUCUGGCAGCCUGGCCAGCCUGUGCCCCAUCCUGCUCUGGGCAGCAAGAGGACAUCUCUGCCUCCCUGGACCCUCUCUGGGCACUGUGGGCCCUGCCGGGUGGUAGCAAUGAUUCACCCUUUUUUCAAGCCAUGAAAGGGGCUGAGAGCCACCUUCCCCUGGGUUCUGGGAAAACCAAGGGCAUUUCAGGGAGGCAGGGGAGCUGUGCUGCACCAAGAGGGUAGGGGAAGGAUGAAUCGAGAGGGAGAAGUCAGACAGCACCACCUUUCACACCAGAAGGUCAGGCCAGCGAGCAAGAGCUGCCCAGGCAAUGGUGCCAGCAUGGCAUUUGUGGCACGGCACCAUUUGUUCCCGUCUGUCGGGUGUCACUUUGCAGCAGCGAUGCAGGAGGAGACAGAGCCAGGGCAUAAAGGGCAUCCCAGGGCGGUAGGGCUGGAGAGUGCAUUCCUGCCGGCCGAGUGGGCUGGAGCAACAAGGAGGCAUUGACGGGGAGAGGGGCUGCUUGCAGAAACACGUGUGAGCGUGAGAGAGGUGUGGGUGUGAGAGCGGAGCACUGUCCCGCCGGCCGCUCUGUCCUCUCUGGCCCUGCAGGGCAGCUCUGCCUGGGGAGCGGGCUGUGAGAGCUGCCCUGCCUGCUCGGGAUGCGUGCGCCGGGUAUUUGUUUGCUUUGCUCUUGUGGGACAGAGCUGCACGUGGCUUGACCCGUGUCUUGUAGCGUGGUUUGCUGAGCCAUGCAGACCGCGAGAUGCUGGGGAGUUUUCGCUUUAGCAGCAAGAGCCUUGACUCCAGGGAGUAGCUGACCUUGGUGUGCCCAAAUCCUCCCACCACCGGGAAGGUGCCAGGCAGCCAAGUCUGCAGUUUCCACCGUGGGCAUCCUGCCCCCAGGGGACCUGCAGCCUGUGACCCAGCAGGCGGUGUCCCUGCAGGCCAGGCUUGCAGGGGCUUUUGGCCAGGGAAGCGCAGCCACGGUGGGCUUAGCCAUGGCACACUGUGCUCGGCUCGGCACAGCUCAGCAGGACUGGUGGCAGCAAGCACAGCACCGUGCACUGUGCCCAUCCCCAACUGCUUGUGUGAAACUCGUCUCUCUCUAGCAAGGAGAUUCCCUCAUGAUCCCUGCUCAGAACCUCCAGCCCCUCAGGAUGAAAACAUUUGCCCCCGGCCACUUGGCUAUGACCAAGAGGGGUUGGCGCAGCUGAGCUGAAGUCUAGUCAUGCCAUCACCAGCUGCACAGAAAUCCAUCACCUCAGCCUCUGCAGAUGCUCAGACACUGACUGUCUGCCAGCUCCGAGCAGGCACAGUGUAGGUGUCCCAAGGGCAGGCAGGGGCAGGGAAAAUGCUGACCGUGAUUUAUUUCAAGCUUUGAACUUCAUGCGUAGAAAGAGUUGGAGCUGGAGCAAGCUACAGGGGUCUGCCCCGGUCCCAGCAUCCUGCCCUUGUGAAGCAACUGAAACCCUGUUGGCAGAGGGCAGGGGAUACUAUGGAGCGUGUGGCGGGGGCACAGAGUGCUGGAGAGGCGUUAAAGGUUGCAACCUGUCCCAAAGCCACGCUUUGCCGAUGAGGUCUGAGUUAUAUUUAUGCAGGUGCCGCACAUUGCUGGCUUCGGCACAGGAUUUUGUCAUCCUCUGCCUGUGUACUUAGAUAGAGAUAUUUGAGGGGGUGUUGCUGCAGAAUGCCCCAGUGGCACAGCAGGAGCCCUGAGCCCCUCCUUGCCCUGCGGACUCCCUGGCUUGGGGCAUGAUCCAGUCCCUGCCACCCCCUGCCCGCGACUCCCCUGGGGGUGGCAGCCCUGCCUAGGCGGGCAGCGAGGUGGCUGAUGCCACAGCACAGGACAAGACAUCUCCGUGGCCCCAAGUGAAACCACGACCACUCUGGGUGGUUUAGAGGCAGAAGAUGGAUUUGGGUUGUCCCCAGGGGCUGGCACAAGACAGGUGAUGGCUGGCAGCUGAGGCCGGGCACACGGAGAGCCACAGCAGCACAGAAGGUACACAUCCCACCGGCAGCAUAUUGUCUGUCAUGUUGUUAUUGUUCUGAAAUGUCAGCAUGGGCAGGGUUUUAAUGAAGCAUCCCCAGUUUGAAAUGCCCGGGAUUCUUCGCAAAGGCCACGACGGGUAUUAAUAACCAGCUCCACUGAAACUGCGUGCGUCCUUGCCUGACCUCGUGUGGGGCGGCUGCCUCACACGCCAGCAGAGCUCUUCUCUCCGACCCCCAGGCUGCAUUUCACACUCUGCCACUCCGUCCAGCUGGCCGGUCCCAGGGAAGUGGUGUUAAGGGGUUGCUGGGCCAGGCAGGACAGUGUAAAGCACAGGCACCUUUGAGAGGUGAAGGCAAAGAAUUCAAGGGUUUUUUGGCCAUGGGUUAGUCUGGGAUGGAAGAGCAGCUUUUGGUUGCAGGGGAUGCUGCUGUGCUGCUCUCUCACAGCUCCCCAGCCUCUGUCCUCUCAUUAUAUAAUGAGCUGCCUUCCAAUUAGCGAGUCGGGCACUCCCGCCCGCCACAGGGCAGUGACUGCCAGCACUGAGCAUGGCUGGAGCACCUGCUCCUGCCUGCAGAGUGGCCUGGGAUUUCUUUGGCAGAUGCUGGAGGCCCUGCCUUGGGGUUCCUCUCUCAGGCUGGGGAAGCUCCAGAAGAGCUGGCUCAGUGCCAGCCAGGGGCUUGUGGGGAGCAGAGCCCAGGCUGGCACCCCCUGCCUCUGUUGCAUGGCUGUGGUGCUGUGCAGUCCCUUCAGCAUCACAGCCACCUCCUGUCUUGUCCCCGAAACUAAACCCGAGAGGGCAGCCAGCACCCAGGGGUGGUCCCACUGGGACUGUCCAAGAUGGUUACAGCAAGCUAAGAAACGAGGACAGCCCUGAAGCUCACAGCCUAGGCUGGCAGGGGACCCGCAGGGCAGGGCAUGGCAAACCAAGGGAGGUGAUAACAUGGGAGUUCAGUUAUGGGACUCCACCCCACAGAGCCCGUGGGUGUGAAAUGCUUGCUCUGUGGACAGAUUUGUGGAUGAAAACUCUGCUGAGGGCUCCGCCCGCCCAUCCUCCCUGGGGCUGGGCAUCCCUGACUCGCAGGAGGCAGGGGUUGUGGUGGUGCUGGCUGGGCUCCGCUCCCCAUGGCCAGGCACUGUGCUAGUGGUUACGCCAAGGGGUGUUCUGGGGGGCUGUGCUGUUCCUGGCAGCUUCCUCCCAGCGUGCUGCAACCAUGGGACCCCACACAGGCUGGGUGGGAGCUGGGGAGCAGCAGAGGUGGUGAGGGUUGCUGCGUGGCCGGUGCAGAGCAUCCACGGGGACGGCUCGAGCUGUGCGUGCUGCAGCGUGGGGCUGGUGUCAGCAAACGCAGGAAAGGCUGGAGGUUGGCCUGCGCGCUUCAGGGCUGGUAAUAAGCACAUCAGCCCUUUUUUCCUCUUCCCCUCUUAGCCCAGCAUGCCUGGGGAAGACGUGGCUUCGGGCGCUUCCGAUGUAGAGCAUCGUGGGGGAGGGCUUUGCCGCAGCAAGGUCAUCUCCGACCUCCCCACCUCACGCUGCUCUUGGGGCGUGCUGGGGGGCACAGGAGGAAGAAGAGGGGCCAGUGACAAACUUAGAGAAAGACAAAUUGCAGCUCUCAGCAGGCCGCUCUGGGGUGUGCUCUCGCACGCCAGAAAACACAGAACUGGGAGUACAGCCAAGUACCUUUAUCAGAGGAACCAGGCAGCCCAACAGCUGGACAUGGGAGCCUGCCAGAGCUCCCUCCUCCCGCCCCACACCACCUCCAGCCCAACAGGUUGGAGGAGUCCCCAUGCUGCAAUCCCUGCCCAUGCCCUACUGCCCAGCAGAGGUGUCAGCCGUGUCCCCUACCCAUGGCUCCUGGCACUCCACAGGUCCCUGCCACCCGUGGGAGCCCACUCUGCUCCCAUUGGUGGUGAAGGGAGGGAUGACAGGUUCCCCAUCAGCCUUCCCUGAUCGCAAACCCUCACUGGGCUUUGCUCACUGGGCUUCCCCAGUAUCGCAAAGGCGGUGACUGCCCUGUGCAGCUCUGCCCACUGCUCUGAUGUCCCCUAGGUCUAGCAAGGCCAGCAGCACUAGCUCUGCAGGCAGGGGGUUGCCUUACAGAUGCACCCAGGAGGAGCUGCCCUCUGCUCUGGAGCAGCACAUGCCUUGGGUUGAGGGAUUUCUGAGCCCCCCAAGGCUCUGAUGGGCACGAACCAGGUCCCCAUGUCACAGGGCUCCUGGUUGCGUAGAGCUGCCACAGGUCCUGUGCAGCCCCUGGACGGCAUCAGCUGAGCUGGCAGUAAACAGCUUGGCCAGGACAUCUUCAGGAGGAGGAAAACAAGAGCUGGUCAACUGGGGCGCUCCGGCAGCUGACAGUUGUGGCCCUGCAGCCCCACACCAGCGCUGCGUGGGGCAGGCAGGUGCUGUUUGAGAUGCUGGGAGUGGGGCUCCUGAGUGGGACAGCAGGUGACACAGCUGCCUGCUUGCCCGCGGGCAGCCCGCUGGCAUUACCUCUCCCUCCUCAGCAGCACUAGAGGGCUGCAAGGCAAGACGUGUCCACACACCCAGCCCUUCCCACCACCCAUCACUGAUGUCCCGGCCACCCCUCCUCCAGCCCCUUCAGGGCAUCCCCGGUCCCCUGGGCUGGUGCAGCCACAGCUGCAGGAUUUCAGACUGUGAAAGGCACAGUUUUCUUAGCUGCGUGUUUGCAAGCAGUGCCUUUCCUUUUGCCCUCUGCUCUGACCCUUUGAGCUGGAGAUCUGCCUCUGUGGAGCAGCCUGGGCAGCUUUGGCUCUGCGCCUUUCCCGUAUUGCUCUCCGCAGCCAGGCAAUAAACAUUUCCCACGCCUCAGACCCUCUGAAGGGCCUUCCUCCCAUUGAACUGAGUCCUUGGGAGAGAGCAAGCCAGGAACGCUGCCAUGGAGCAUCGAGAAUGGCCUGGAGCUGGGAGAGAGCAGAGGUUGAGGAGCCAAGACUGCUCGUGCAGCACCAUCCAUUCCUCCAGCUCCCAGUAGCAGCUGGUGGGGCGAGGGCAUCCUUUGGCAUGUGGCACCACAGUGCCUGGCGUGGGUUUGAUGCACGAGGCUCGGUGCAAUGGUACAUCUUGUCCCUGGGUUGGUGGGGACAGGGCCGUGUCCCCUGACUCACAACACAGGACAGGUGUGGGGUGCCAGGAGGCAAGAGAGAUGAUCCCAUCAUCCUGCUCCCCAUCAUCCUUUGCUCCAGCCAGGCUUAGCCUUGCGGGGGCUGCAGCUCAGCUGUGUUCAUUCCUCUGUGUCCUGUUGCAGAGGGGGUGGUCACUAAAUGUCACCCGGAGAUCAGGGCUGGCAUCUACUCUGGGGUGCAGGCUGUAUGUGGGCUGGCUGAGGAGUUGCUCGCAGCUUUGGGGGGUCCUGCAGGGCCAUUGCUGGGGUGCCACCAGCGAAUGACUGGUAUCACCACCUCUCCUAGCUGUUCGAUGACAGCCACGGGUUUUCUUUUUCCCCGGAGAGCGCAACAAUUGGUGUCACAAUUACACUCUAUCACUGCUGCUGUUAUUGUUCCCAAAAUAACCACAGGCACGAGCUGCGGCCCUGCCUGAUGAACCUCCCAUAGCUGCACACAUGAGGCAAGAGCUGCUGUUCUGCUGCCCUGGGGAUGUGGCUUGCACCACUGUCCUUUCUCACCCAGCCUGUUCCAAGGUGCCCAUCAUGACAGCCUCUGGUGCCGUAGGUAGCGGUGAAUCCGUGGCUCCCCUGCUGUUUAGGAAGAGCAAGGGGGCACACUGCCCACCCUGCUCUGCUGCUGCGAGGCCCGGGAGAAGCAGGAGUGGGGCUGUGGGAGAGGAAGCAGAUCCCAGCAGCCCUGCUGGAAUGGGGCCAGGAGCUCCGCGAGGCUGCUGCUGGGACCAUGGGGGGCUGGGAAAGGGCCCCCCAUUGCUGAGGGCACAGCUGGAGCCUCAUGCAGGACUCUGCUGCUGUGGGAGGUGGUUGGAGAGCCCGCAGGGGUUCCUGUGUGGAUCCCUGGGGAGAGCCAAGCACAAACUGGGGGUCCAGCAGAGAUCUGGGAGCUGCAGCUCCCACCUCAGAGAUGCCAGCGGGUCUACAGUGGGGCAGCCCUGCUGGCUGGAGGUGCCUCCCCACUGCACAAGGGGGCAGCUGGACCGCCCUGCUCCACACCGCCGACACCGUGUGUGCAUGCACAAGUGUGUGCCUGCGUCAUCUGUGAGUCAGGGCUACAUGUGCGUGUGUUUUGGAAGAGGAGUUUGCAGUGUACACGUGAGAUCCAUCAGCGUGCAUGCAGGAGGGGUGGGCUUAUAGGGUGUGCAUGCACAAAUGCAUGUGUGUGUGCAUGCGUGUAGGGUGGGCACCUCGUGUGAGGUGCAUGUCCACGUGGGCUCGAAAAAGCACGUGUGUGCACGGGGUGUGGGUGUGCCUGGGCGUGCAGGGCCUGCACGUGUAGCUGCAGGCAGGACUCGCACAUGUGUACAUGAGUGUAGGGGUUGCAAGGUGUGCCCGUGUUUGUGUGCACCCAGCGACACGUCCAGGGGUGUCUGCAGCAGAAGCCACGUCCCCAGAGAGGUGUGCGGGCAGGGGGCUGGGUGGGCUGCAUCCCUGCAGAGGCUGUGCCAUGGGCACGGACACCUCCCACUGGAUCAGGGGCUCCAAGCCCCAUCCAACCUGGCCUGGAACCCCUCCAGGGAUGGGGCAGCCACCACUGCUCUGGGCAACCUGGGCCAGGGCCUCCCCACCCUCACAGCAAAACAUUUCUGCCUAAGAUCUCAUCUCAAUCUCCCCUCUUUUAGCUGAAAACCAUUCCUUCUCAUCCUAUCCCUGCACUCCCUGUCCAAGAGCCCCUUCCCAGCUUUCCUGGAGCCCCUUUCCAUACAGGGAGAAAGCAGAGCCUUGUGUGCUUCCAUCCCUCAAAGCAUCCUGCCCCUGGGGUCUCGGGAGGAGGGCAGCAUCCUUCCCAGCCUCAGAGCCAGGGAGCAGCGACGGCCGCAGCCAGGGCUGUGCAGGGUGGGAAGGAGCCCAGGAGGGGUGGCGGGGAACUCAGCGCCAUACUUUUGUUUAUUUUUGCCGUAGUCUCAGCUCCAUGGGAAAAAUCUUGGAGGUGGCAGAGCUGAAGUGAUUUCCUCCCAAAGCACUGCUGAACUUCCCUGCUGCUCUCCAGCAGCUGCGGAAAUCGCCACUCGCUCCUCGAGAGCUGUGUCGGGAAGAGGCUGGGCAGGGCCCAGGACCCCUGAGGUGCUGGGCAAGAGCCACAGGCAAGGCUCUGGUCUGUCCGUCCUGGAGCUCUUGGUGCCUUGUACUGAUAAUUGAGGGCUUUCCUUUGGCAAGGGCGCUGGGCCAGGUCUGGGGUGGCCGUAGCACAGCAGAUGAGGAAACCAAGGCAUGGACUGGGGGCAGCCUCCCCGCUGUUGCCCAUCUCUCUGCAGCAGGCAGACGGCGGCACAACCGUGGCAGAGAGGACACCUCUCGCCCUUCUUCUCCACAGCGAGACAGGCAUUUUCCUUGAUCUGUGAUGGGAAACUGAGUCACAAGACCCUUAGCGUGGGUGGCCUAGGCUUAUCGCGGGUGAGGGGACAGAGCUGUGCCCUGUGUCCCAGGGGCUGCCACCCUGCCCACCACCAGCCACCCUCGGGACGAGCACACACAGAGCGCCUUUCAUCUGCCCGCGGAGGGGGGCAGGCGCCCGCACCCCGCUCGGCACCCGCGCAGCGCCGGGUGGCACGCUGGCCCCACACCCCUGAAAGGGCCAAUUGAGCGUGGCUGAGGUCAUCUGCCCGGCGUGUUUACCCCACAGCCCCGGGAUGCAGCCAGCACCCAGGCUGUCCCCGCCACCUGGCAGGCAGGGGACGCGGCCGCGGGCAGAGCUGGCAUCGCUGCCGGGGCACAGGGCUGGCGCCGCGGAGCAGAGCGGCCGUAGCGAGGUGGCAGGCGCUGGCAUGGCCUUCAAGCCGCCGUACUCCCCGAGCCUCUUCCGGAGAAAGGAUGGGUGAGUGGGGCCUGGCUGUGGGCAGGGUGGGGGACACGGGGCGGGAUAGCCCUGUGCUCUGCAGUGCCAGCCCUGCUGCUCAGCAGCUUCGCACAGGCCAGGCUGGUGCUGGCACAGGGAGGAUGAUGGGCCCCUCCUGGGGAGAAGCACUGCUGCCACGUGCAAUGCUCCCCCUGGAGAGAAGCUGCUUUCUUGCAUCGCCACAUCAAAUCUGUGUCUCGGGGCACCCACGCGUGCCUGGCCGUGGUUCCUGGGCAGCACAGUGUCCCAUACAGGGUGCCUGCGUCCUUCACUGCUUGAGACACUGCAGUCCUCAUUCUGCCCUGGGAGGCAGGGAUGCAAUUUGCUCUCAGCAGCAGCCACACUGCACUGGGCCUCAGUUUCCCUUUCGAAUGAUGCAGUUCCCCUCUGCCCACCCCUGGCCCUUUCCCCAAGGAAGGCACAUGGCAGCAUACCUGCCAGGUGGGGCUCCUCAGGUCUUUCCCUGUACUGGCACCCUCCAGCCAGGUGCCAGGCACCUUCAGCACCUCUGGGAUCAGGGGAUUUGGAGUUCUCUGCAGCAUCUUGCGGGUGACUGUGCCCUUGCCAGCACUGUUGCUUUCUUGGACGCUGCCCCAUGGCGUGGGCUCUUGCAGGAUCUUGUUCAGCAUCAGCCCCCACCCUGGUUUGCAAAGAAUGAGCCCCACGGAGUCCAUGGCAGCAGCAGGGCAACUGCCUGGGUGCUGAGCAAAGUCCCAGCAGGUCCGGGUCCAGAGGGCAGUGAUAAGCGCUGGAGCUGGCAGGGCAGCCCAGGGAGGAUGGCCAAGCACGGAGGGAGCAUCACCUGCAGCAGGCAAUGCCAGCCCCAGCGUUUUGGGGGGCCUUGCUUGCAUCCCAGGGUGGAGACACGCUUACUCUAUGUGCAAGUCGCUGUGCAGGUGCAGUGACAGACCUAGUGUCACCCCACUGCUUGCACAUGCAUGUGCACACGCAGGGACACUGCUUUGCGCAGACAGUGCAGAUCCAGCCACCCCAGCCAUGCACCCACCAGCAUCACCCUGGCACCACGGGGCGCCCUAAUCUCUGUCUGCUUGCAGCUGGGGGGGGUCAGCACCGGCCGCGACCCAGCUCCGCUGUGGCUCCGGACACAAUCCUGCUGCAGCACUGGUCCUACUGCAGCCCCAUCCCUGCUGCAAUCGUGCACCUCAUCUGCUGCACUACAGGUUCCUGCAGCCCCAGCCCCUGUAGCCCCUUUCCCUGCAGCCCCCCACCCCAGCCCCUGCAGCCCCCAGUCCUGCUCAGGCUCUGGCCCCUGCAAAGCCUGUCUCUGCAGUCCCAGCGCCGCUCCAGCCCCUGCAGCCCCUGUCUCUGCAGCCCCUGCAACCCCAGUCCCGCUGCAGCCCCGCUGCAGCCCCUGUAGCCCCUGCAGCCCCAGUCCUGCUCAGGCUCUGGCCCCUGCAAACCCUGUCUCUGCAGUCCCAGCGCCGCUCCAGCCCAUGCAGCCCCUGUAGCCCCUGCAGCCCCUGUCGCUGCAGCCCCUGCAACCCCAGUCCCCCUGCAGCCCCUGCAGCGCCGCUGCUGCCCGCGGGGCGGCGCUCUCCCCGCCCGCUGGGGGUUAUGCAAGGCCGGGCGGGGCCGGCGCUCCCCGGGUUUGUUUUGCACUCGGGGUUUGUUUUGCUCCGCGGUUUUGUUUUCCGCUCCCUUUUUUUUUUUCUUCUUUUCUGUUUUGCAGUCCGGUUUUGUUUUGUUUUCGGUUCCGUUCUGCACUCCUGGUUUUGCCUCGCACGCCCAGCGCUGCCUCUCUUCCUCGCUCACCCCCUUUUCGCAGGGCCGGCCCCGCACAUACCCCCCCGGAGUGCAAAGCUCCCCAUUCCUGGACCCCCAAAUCCAUCCCCCCUACAGCUGACACCGCCGCACACACCGUUUUAUUUCGCCCCCUCUGCUCCUGCAAGGACGCGCCCCCCCGAAUCCCAAGGGGGCUCCUGCUAUUCCCAGUCCCCUAAGCGCGCCGCCCCUC